AUGGCUUCAAGUAAAAACAGUGACAUCGGUACAAGAAGUUAUGCUGAAGUGAUUAAAUCAACCAAAGGCAAGUGCAAAAUAAACAUUGAUGGGUUCCUGUAUAUCAAAGACAAAAAUCGUGAUGAUGUGUAUUAUUGGAUUUGCGAACGCAAAUCACAAAAGGAAACAAAAUGUACUGCAAGAGCAACUACAAUUCGGACUGGGGAACAGCAUAAGAUUCACAAAUUUAAUGCUCAACAGCACAAUCAUGCUCCAGAAGCAAGCAAAUCUGAAGUUUUGAAAACCUGCAUUCAAAUGAAGGAGCUGGGUCAAAUUAGCAACGAUCAACCUGCACGAAUCACUAACGAUGUUAUUGCUACAACAUCGCGUGAAAUACAACCAUGUUUACCACGAAAAGAUGCCGUAAGACAACAAAUCAAAAGAGCAAGACGUGUUUGUGACGAAGAACUUGCACCAAAAACUUUGGACGAUUUUAAAUUACCAGAUGCGUACUCUAUUACACUCAAUGGAAUACAUUUUGCAAAAAACAUUACCGAAGGAACUGAAAGAAUUUUGCUGUUCACAACAGCUGAAAAUCUUAAAUGGUUGCAAGAAGCGAAGUUUUGA